AUGUGGGGCUUGGAAAGUGAUGCGUUCUACGAGUUGCUGUUGAACAAGAGUGCCGUGUUUUAUUGCCAUCCUGUAUCGAAAAUCCUCCUCUCAGCAGCUUCCAGCAAAUACCACAGAUUGACGGAGCACAUUGUCACCAAGGAGUACAAUGAGAAGUUCACGAUCACUGCCAUAUGUGCCGAGGAUGAGAAGAAAAAUAUGCUUCCGGUAUGCUCGGCCGAUGUGACUUUUCUGGAUGCACAGCACAUGCUCGGCUCCGUAAUGCUGUUAUAUACAGGAGACUACAGAUUGUCCAAAGAUGACUGGAUUAAUUGUGAGCCACUCAAGGAUCCGCAGAGACGGUAUUUCUGUUCCCUCUAG